AGUAUUUAUGUAAGACCCUCGAUUCAAUAUUGUUUCAUAACGCACUGUUCUGUGUGUGUGUGUGUGUGUGUGUGUGUGUGUGUGUGUGUGUGUGUGUGUGUGUGCAUACGACUUUAAAGUCAACAUAGAAGUGCUGCACUAAGCGCCCUGGUGGGAGGACGUGUGCGUCCAUCUGUGUCUUAAUGUCCAGUUACAGAUUACAGACGAUGUCACUGCAGGUACAACAUUCAUAAUACGGUGUGGCGCUAUACAUAAUACAUAGUAUUAUGUUUUAUGUAUUAUGUAUAAUACAUAGAAUAUACAAUGUUAAACCAGGCAAAGUGCUGAGCUUUGCAAAUAUACCGCAUGGCAGGACACACACACACACACACAGACACACAGCGCGAGGACAUAUCAACACGACCCCUUCAUGAAUAUGAGAUUCAUAAGAAAUGCUCUGAUGUGUAGUAUUUCUCUCCUGUGUAACACACACACAGUACAGAUUAGAGUACACAUAGUGGUACACAUGCAGCGCUGUGUGUUACCUCUGAUACACAGAGACUCAGGAGACAAAAGUUAGUGGACAAGUUGUCGUCUUCAGGCUGCUGAGGUGCGACGUCUCCUUCCACCACACCGACACGUCUGGUUGUUUUUCCAUUAAACAGAAAUCUUUUGUACCUUUAAGUUCUUUGGCAAUUAUUAAAAAGUACACAAUGACACAUUUAACAGCACAGAGGCCUGUGCAUUUCAUAUGUACACAGUGUGUUUACGUAGAAGCGCGCGUGUGUGUGUGUGUGUGUGUUUGCUAGAACGUCCUUGAAAAAGAGCCAUACAUGUUGGCCUGGCGCCGCCCCCCCCGCAGUGGCCCCUCCAUCUAUUUCUGGCCCUGCGUCACCGCCUGGGCUUCACUCCUGUGGCAAGAAGAGUGUUUCUCUAGGGCUCCCACUCUGCUACACACACACACACACACACACACGCACACACACACACGCCUGUCUGGGGAAUGAACACGCUCAGAUGUAAACACACGAGUGACGGACGGAUGGAUGGACGGAUGGAUGCUGACCAGCUGGACACAAUGGGAGUUUAAACUGGGAGUUUAUGUGUGUGUAUGUGUGUGUGUGCAUGCAAGCACAUGUGUGUGUGCCACUGAAAACAAAAGGGAAAGAGAGAGAGAGAGAGAAAGUGUGCGAAAGAGGGUCAGCCGGUCUGUGUUUCUGUUACCGUGGCGAUGGAAGGAGUGUGUGAACACAGAGGAAUGCUUUCGGAGGAAGAGAGGGAGAGCAGGACAGGAUGUCCACAUGAGGACGCGCUCUGAGGGGGUCCCCGCCGGCAACAGGUCUUUGCGUGUGAAAACUGGAUGACUUUUAAAGCUGAAGAGGAUCUACUUUCCCCAAAGAGAAGUCACUUAUCUCCGGAUGAAUCGGACAGAAACCAUCGCACCGCAACUUUAGUGUUUACGAGAUGUUGAAAGGAGGGAAACAUUUCUGAUGUUAUCCACUACCGCUCCUCUUCCUCUUCCUCUUCCACUUCCACUUCCACUUCCUGGUCCCAGCCGGGUUUUACAAUCAGCCUGUUUCGGCAAUGGACGGAUUCUUCCUGCUCCUGUGAAGUUCUCGGCAGCCUUCAAAGGUUCAGCUAUCAUGCCGUGUAGUUUCGGGACCUUGUAACCCUCCAGAACCCACCUUUCCCGACUCCCCCACCGCCCCCCCCCCCCCCCCUCCUCCCCCCCUUCUCCUCUUUUAACCCACAAAGAGUGCCACGAAGAUGGAGGCCCGUGAGUCCGCUGGGCGGAGAUGCUCAAACAAGGAGGCGGUGAAGGAGAAGGGGUCCCUGCAGAGGAAGUGGGCCUCCGAGCCCUCGGCCACCACCAGACGAAGCACCUUCGCCGACCCGGCCGCCAUGCAGCGGGAGAGCCUGCCCUGCGGUGCCACGGGGGGGUCGGCCCCCCAGCAGAAGUAUGCAAACGCGGGGAACCCGGGGAAGCCGCUAUCCGGACCCUCUGCCGUCGGCGCCGUUGGGGGCCCGCCGCCUCGGGACCCGCACGGGCCCUUCGCUCAGGGGUUCCCCAGAGGAUACGCCUACCAGCUGGGCCCGCCGUACCCUCAGCACCCCCAAACGGAGCGCUUCCUCUCCGGGGCCAAGCCCCAGCCGGGCCUGGAGCCGCACGCCUGGCCGUUUGCCGGCCAGCUGCCGUCGGAGGACCUCUACUCCGCGGGGCACCCGGGACACGCCCACCCUCAUGGGGCGGGGGCCGCCAGGUUCCCCCGCCAGAAAUCCCCCAGUCUGCCCGGCUCCUUCGGGCAGUACCCUCAGUCGGGUUCCGAUCCGGCCGAGGACGGCUACGGCAAAAAGGAGCCCAAGCCCAAGAAGCCCGGUAAGUACAUCUGCCACUACUGCGGCCGGGCCUGCGCCAAGCCCAGCGUCCUGAAGAAGCACAUCCGCUCCCACACCGGAGAGAGACCCUACCCCUGCGCGCCCUGCGGCUUCUCCUUCAAAACCAAGAGCAACCUCUACAAGCACCGCAAGUCCCACGCCCACGCCAUCAAGGCCGGGCUGGUGCCUUUCUCCGAGCUGGCCGCGGCCCGCGGUGGCGCCGGGGACGCGGACCAGGCGUCCCCGGCGGGCGAGGCCGAGGUCCACUCGGACGGAGAGCAGAGUACGGACACGGACGAGGAGGGUCCGGAGGGCUCCACCAUGCUGACGGACAAAGACAGCGCCGUGCCGCAGAUCCCCUUCGAGGCCGAAAAGAGCAGAGGUGGUGUGGAGCCAGCGUACGCAGACCCAGCUGAAGAGCUCCCGCUGGGGGCCAUGAAAGUGCCUAUCCUCAUUGUCCCCAAGCGCGGGGGGGUCCCCUCCACCGGGAUGGAGUGCCCGUCCUCGCACUACAUGCUGGCGUCGCACGCCGGCAGGGCCCGCUCCCUGGACGAGUCCCCCUCCAUCAAAGAGCGUUUGGCCCUGAGGCUGAAUGAGAAGAAAGGUCAGGACCCCGAAUGCGCCACGUCGCAGUCCCUGAACCUCCUGAGUCCUCACAGCAAAGGCAGCACGGACUCCGGCUACUUCUCACGCUCCGAGAGCGCGGAGCAGCAGAUCAGCCCCUCCAAUACCAACGCCAAGACCUACGAAGAGAUCAUGUUUGGUCGGACCUGGUACUACCGACCCAACUCCCGAUCCAGACAGUCCAUCACGGUGGGCACGGCGGGUGCAGACCCCGCCUCCGCCAAGCCGCCCGGCGGCCACCUGGACAUGGGGAAGAUAGCCGAGGAUCACGUCUGCUUCAGAGGGGAUGUGGGAGUCUCCGGAGAUCCCAAGCAGUAUCCAACGGGCCCCUGUCAGAGCAGCACGGGGCUCCUGGAGCCUCCGUCCGACCCCGCCACGCUGACCCGGAGUAACUCCGUGCCCAGCUCCUCCCCGCCCAACCUCAGCGUCCCCCCCGCCAUCCGAGGCAGCCACUCCUUCGAUGAGAUGAUGACGUCGGACGACGUGUUCUACCCGCCGGGCCGAAGGCUCCGGAGGCAGGCGGCGUUCGAGCACUCGGCCAACGAAGCCCACGCCGGCGAGGCCGAGGGCUACGGACACGUGACCAAGAGUUUAGCCUCGUCCCCGGGUAUGAAGGUCGGGGUCGCGGAGCACGCGGCCUACGGCCCGUACGGCACUAAAGUCAGCAUGUCGGAAAUAGCAACGCGAAAAAGGAGGAAGGAGAAGAGCGUUGGGGACGAGGAGGACAGCCCCGGACACGGUGACAGCAGCUGCAGCGGCUCGGUCGAGAUGAUCGAUGAGUUCAUCUCAUCUCGAGGGAGUCUGGACGGGUCCAGAGCGACGCCGACGGGGAAAGGCUCUCUCCAGAGCGCUCACAGCCAGUCCGACAGCUUCGACACCUGCGCCAGCAUGUGCUCCGAGGACAUCGCCUUGUUCGCCGAGUCCGAGGUCAGGAAGGCAGCUGGGAACGUGAUAUCAGUCAUUCAGCACACCAACUCCCUCAGCCGCCCAAGUUCCUUCGAGAAGUCCGAGUCCUUUGAGCAGCCGGGGUACCUGCCCUCGGACCGAGCCCUCUCCAGCCAGUACUCGGAACAGUCCGACACGGACAUCUUUGAAGAUGCGCUCAGCCCCGAAUCCGCCCUGCUGAGAGCGGAGAGCAUGGAGCAGCAGCUGCAAAGCGACAGCGACCCGGCCGGCCUCUCGUCUGCGGCGGCGCCGCCCCCCCCCGGCCAGGCCUACCACGUCCCGCACAAGCUGGUGCGACAACCCAACAUCCAGGUCCCCGAGAUCAGGGUGACGGAGGAGCCCGACAAGCCCGAGAAGGACGCAGAGGCUCCGGCACCCAAGGAGCCGGAGAAGCAGCCGCAGCACGUGGAGGAGUUCCAGCUGCCGCAGAGGAGCGACACGCUCGCCCAGAUGCCGUCGGAGAAGCUCCCGCCCAAGAAGAAGAGGCUGCGCCUGGCGGACAUGGAGCACUCGUCCGGGGAAUCCAGCUUCGAGUCCACCUGCACCAGCCUGUCUCGAAGCCCCAGUCAGGAGAGCAACCUGUCCCACUCCUCUUCCUUCUCCAUGUCCUUCGACAGAGAAGAAGGCCUCAAGUCCGCCUCGCCUACCAAACAGGAGGACUCGUCGGCCUCCGGCGGCGGGCCCAAGCAGUCGGAGUUCCUGACGGUACCGGGCACCGGGCACUCCAGCCACCACCAGCAGAGGGAGAUGAGGAGGUCCUCGUCGGAGCAGGCGCCGUGCACGCUGCCCACAGAGAUGCCCGAGAUGCGAAGUAAAUCCUUUGACUACGGGAGCUUGUCCUCCUCCAGGCAGGGGGAGAUGUACUGCAGUGCCUCUGGGAUGAAAGAUCGCCGGAGGGGGUUUCUGGUCCGACAGGCUUCGCUGAGUGUGUAUCCAGAGGCCAUCACCCAGGAACCAGGGAAUGCUGAGAUGUCAAUCAAACAGGAAGUCCUGGAGCAAGGGACGUGGCCUGGCCCAAACGGGUCCCCCCACAGCAGCACCGAUGUGUCCACCAGAACCAAGAGAGUUGGGAGCAGCACUGGAGGAUCCCACCAGCAGCACCAUCAGCACCACAUGCAGCACAGCAUCAGUGAGGACAGCCUGCAGGACGAACCUCUCUACAGGUCCCAUCCGCAUCGCCUGCAGACCCAGGGCUCCUCCUCCGAGGGGGAAUAUCAAGGUCACGAGGUCAUGAACAAGGAAGCCACCCAGCAGUACGCGAGCGGGCCUCCUUUCCUCACCUACCAGCAGCCCACUUUGUUCUGGAGUCAGGAGGCCGGUCGGAGCAGCAGGCAGCAGCUGACCCUCCAGGCCCAGCAGCAGCUCCAGAAGCUCCACAUCCGCCCGCCGGGCCCCGGACACGCCGUCCUCAAACCGCCGCCGCAGUCGGAGAAGCCGACCCCCCAAAUGUACGCUGCCGCCUUCUCCUCCCGCAACCCUCCCCUGAGCCAGCAGAGCUCCUCCUCCUCCUCCGCCGCGCUGCUACAGCAGGUCCAACCGGUCUUUGCCACCCAGAACCUGGGCUCCCAGUCUUCGCUGCCUGGCGUGCUGGUUCCUGUGCGCCUCCAAACCCACGUGGCGUCCUACGGUAGCGUCAUGUACUCCAGCGUCAGCCAGCUGACGGCCCCCCAGGGAGGCGGAGGAGUCGGGACGGCUUUCAACUUGUCGCACCUCCUCGGGCACGCUGACGGCGCGGCGCUGCGCCGCCCGCCCUGGGCCGCCCCCGAGCCGCCGCCGGAGCACCGCCCGAGCACGGGGCCCCCGGCGCCGCUCGCCCCGGCCGCCGCAUCCUCCGAGGCCCCGGGGGCCGGCGCCGGAGGCAGCAAGCGCAUGCUCUCCCCCACCAGCUCGCUGGAGCUCUUCGUGGAGACCAAGCAGCAGAAGAGGGUGAAGGAGGAGAGGAUGUACGGGCAGAUCGUCAAGGAGAUGAGCGCCGUGGAGCUGAGUGGGAGCGAGCGCAUGUCCUCCUCCCCCCCCCCCGCCGCCGCCAAGAUCGCCGUCCCCGUCCGGUCCUCCGCGCCCCACCUUCCCGACGUCCCCCGGCCCGAGAGCUUCACCCCUCCCCUCCAGAUCGUCACGGACCGCUCGCCGGGGUCAGGUGGUCGGGACUCGCCGGAGGAGCUGAGCGUGGACGACCCGGCGCCGGAGCCCGGCGGCAGCCCCCAGCCGAUGGCCUCCUCCGACGAGGCAGAGGAGCCGGAGCGGCCCGCCGAGGUCGGCGUGCUGCUGCAGCGCAGCCCGGGUCGGGCCCUGCUGCUCGCGGAUGUGGGCGAGGCUCCGCGGUUCCCCCGGCUCCCGGGCCCGCGCGCCGCCGCCAGCCAGGUCAGCUGGUGUUUCCUGAACUUCACCAAGCCCAGCAGCAGCCAGGCGGCGCCGCGCGGCUCCGUCUACAACUCGUGGUGCGUGAGCUCGUACGACCCGAACCCGCUGAGCCUCAGCACCAAGGCCGCGCUCGCCCUGCUGAGGUCCAAACAGAGGCGGGACGCCGCUUGGAUUUACUCCACCGCCGCCAUGGCGCCGCCCAGCUCCGGGAAGCUGGUGUCGUCCGUGGCCUGGAAGCUGAGGUUUGAUCAGCUGAAACCAGAGCUGAUGCCGCUUGACGCCGGUACCCCGGUGAGGAAGAUGAAGGGCGUGGCGUCGUGGGAACGCUCCAAGGAGGAGCAGGUGGAGAAGGAGGUGUCGGUCAAGCAGCCCGACAGAACCGAACCGACCCGCAUUAAGAUCUUCGAAGGCGGGUACAAAUCCAACGAGGACUACGUGUACGUGCGCGGACGCGGUCGCGGUAAAUACAUCUGCGAGGAGUGCGGCAUCCGCUGCAAGAAGCCCAGCAUGCUGAAGAAGCACAUCCGCACGCACACCGACGUGAGGCCCUACGUCUGCAAGUUCUGCAACUUCGCCUUCAAGACCAAAGGAAACCUGACCAAACACAUGAAGUCAAAGGCUCACAUGAAGAAGUGUCUGGAGCUGGGCGUCUCCACGUCUUCUGUUGAGGACGCUGAGGCGGACGAAGGAGAUGCCGGAGAGGAAGGUCAGAGGUCAGAGAAGAUGUCCAGAGGCGCCAUGGCGGAUCACCAGUUCUCAGACGCCGACGACUCGGACGGCGCCGAGGACGACGGCGACGAGGAGGACGAGGAUGAGGAGGACGACUGCGACGGCGACUCCACCCCCAAGACGCGCUCACGCUCCACCAGCCCGCAGCCCUACGGCCCGCCCUCCAUGUGCGUCACCGCCGUGGCCUCGUCCUACCCGGGCCCCCACCUCCCCCACCGCGCCGCCCCCGACCUCCUGGCCCCCGCCGACCGGCCGCCGCUCUUCGGCUACUUCACCACGGUGCCGAGCAUCCGGAUCACGGAUCAGACGGAGUGCCGGCGAGGCCUGCUGGCCCCGCCCCCCAGGGACGACGACCUCUCCUCCCCGUCCUCCCGCCUGUCCUCGCCCGGGCCGGACUUCCCCGGCUGCCCGUCCCCGAGCUCCUCGUCCUCCUCGCCGUCGGCCCGCCGGUACCUGUCGCCGCGCCGCGACCUCUCGCCCCUCCGCCACGUCUCGCCCAAGAGGGACCUGGGGGGCUACAGGCGAGACCUGUCCCCCAGGAGGGGACACCUCUCGCUGCUCUCCCCCCUCCCUCGGCCCACGUCUCCGGCGGGGAGGGACUACAAGCGCGACCUCUCACCCCGAGGCCGCCACAGGGCCAUAAUCCGUCCGGUUUCUCCUCGGAGGGGGCUCCAUCAGCACCUCCACCACCAGAGCCAGCAGAGUGCAUCGCGGGGCCUCAGGACGGGCCACCGGGGCGGCGUUCCGGGUCUCGGCGAGCUGGGACGCCGCGGCAGCAGCGCCGAGAUGGAGACGGACCAUUGUCUCGUCUCGCCGUCGUCAGGGGAACGCGACCAGGGGGGUAACCGCGGUAACGAGUCCAGCCCACUCCACCAGGUCCUGUUCAGUCACCUUCCCCUUCACUCCCAACUACAGGUGCGUUCGCCGUUCCCGAUGAUCCCCAUCGGAGGGAUCCAGAUGGUGCACUCCGUCCCCAACUCCGUCACCUCCUCCGUCACCCCCUCCGGCCCCUCCCCUCAUGGUCAGCAGGCGGCGCCGCAGAGCGCGUCCCGCCUCCUGCUGCAGACAUCGGAGGACUCCAGCCCCAACGAGGCCGCCUCCCCUCAUCUCACCUCCUUCCCCGAGAGGGGAGCCAGAGGAGGAGGAGGAGGAGGAGGCGAGAGGCCGAGGGAGUCGACUUCUCCUCGCCCCUCAUCCCGGGAGGGGGCAGCAGGAGGAGGAAGAGGAGGAGUGAGGCAGGAGCAGGAGGAGAUCAUCCAGACCUGCACCAAGGCCAUCGCCUCGCUCUGCAUCGACUCGGAGGAGCUCGCCGAGCGAGGAGGAGGAGGAGGAGGAGGAGGAGGAGGAAGAACUCCUUGCUCUCCCUCUGCAUCGUCCCACGACCCCCAGCCCCCGCGGCGCUGGCCGUCCGCGUCCAUGUCGCCGCCCCCCCCUCACCCCUCGCCGUCUCCCCCGCGGGGUCCCGGGGUUCAGCACUUUAGCGGCCUGGAGGUCAGGCCUCACCCCGCCUCCCCUCACCCCCCCUCCCCCUGCCCCUGCUCCUCCUCCCCGUCGGAAAGCCUCCAGCAUCCGACGGCGGGCAGGGAGGGGGGGGCAGAAAGCACAAAGAGGAGCCGGGACGUGUCCUAGGGAGGAAGAGGAGCGAUGAGAAGAAGGGACGAAGUGCAGCGGAGAGAGAAACCCGACUUUUGCACACGUGUACACACUCAG